ACGCCGACAAACCAAUCGGUAAUCGAUUGCCCAAACGAACCGGCAACAAGUGAGAAAAUAGCAAAACAAAUGCCUUAGUUAUGUACAAAUUACGCUUACUGUGUCAGCUUCAGCACAGCUGCAUCAGAGGAUUACCACCACAUCGAUUCCUUGCUAGCCCGCACAAGCGACGCCCCCAACUAGGCGUCGUGCAAUCGGAUCAGCUAGAGCAACUAAAGUCUGAAUAUUUCGAGAGAAGCGAAGCUCUUAGCAACGCGGAAUGGCAGCACGUGAGGAGUGUACUGAGUGGCAGGAACAAAUAUAUCAGCGCACAUAAUGUCGAUGCCGUCAUACUGGGCAUGUGCGCCAGCGGCGAACAGUUGCCGCUAGCUAAGAGCUAUCUGCGCUAUCUAGAGACUAGCGAAAUCGAACCCAAUGCGGCGACAUUGGGCCGCCUGUUGCGCGUUUACCAUGCUGCCCACCAGCUGCGUAUACUCAGCGAUAAGGAGCAGUCAGAGAUUAUGCAGAUCUGUGAUAGGCUGCAAGGCAGUCAUGAGAUCCUCGACGCCAGCAGCUGUGAAAAUUUGAUUCAUGGUCUGGUGGCCACCACGGAGCAUUGGCAACGUGCUGUGCACUUUCUACAGAUGAUGAAGGUGACAAGCUCACCCACCGUGUCGGCGUACAGCGCCGUGGCUGCCAAGGCGUUCACCUGCUCGCAGCCGGAGCUCGCUUGGCGAUUGCUGGAGGAGAUGCUAGAGCAGCGCAAGCUGCCCAAAUGCGAAGUGUAUGUGGCGCAGCUUGAAAGCAGUGCACGCGAUGUGGCAGGCUUCGCGCUCCAAGUGGAUCGACUGUUGCAUUUUCUGGGCAAGCACAACAUUCUCAUCACUGAUAAGGUGGCGCAACAGCUGCUCAAUCUCGCCCAGCAGAUGCCGCAGCAGCUGCAGGUAACGUCGACGCAUUUGGAGCGCCUGGGGAAAUGCGCCGCCUGCCAACAACACUUGGAACAUGUGGCCAUCAGUGAGGCGGAGUUUGCCAGUUUGCGCGAUGCGUUUCUGGACAAGGUGCUCAUACGCAACGACAUAUUCCAGAAGUCAACGCCUGCUGAAGUGGAGCGCUUCAAGCGCUAUGUGGAGCAAACGGCGCCCUACGAUUGUGUCAUCGAUGGGUUGAACGUUGCCUAUUCCACGGGCAACAAGAAGCCGCCACAGCAGCUGGCACAACUCUUGGCCACCGUGGUGCGGUAUUUCAAGGAGCGACGGAAGCGUGUCUUGGUGCUAGGCCGACAGCAUAUGCGCAGUUGGUCCAAGCCGGCCAUGCAAUACAUCCAAAGCAAUGCCUGCGUCUUCCUCACCAGCAAUAUCUCUCAAGACGAUCCGUUCUUGCUGUACGCUACACUGCACAGUGGCCAAGACACGGACUUCUUCUCGCGCGAUCUGAUGCGCAGUCACGCCUUUCUGUUGGGCAACGAGUUGAAGUCCACGUUUCGUCGCUGGCAACAGGAGCAUCAAUAUUCGCUAGCUACCCAAACGCAGCCUAUGGGAAAGAUCGUGGUAAAGGAGCCGAUACGGUAUCUGCUUAGCGCCCAUAAGCUGGACAAGGGUGUGUGGCAUGUGCCGUGCAUUGAGAGCUACACGGCCAAUCCCAGCGAUCGCUUUGAGGUGCCACAAAGAUGGCUCUGCGUCAAGCUUGCUGCCACCAACUAAAUAUGCAUGCACUGAUUUGGAUUUUACAUUUGCUGUUUUGCUUGUUAUUGUUGGAAGAAAAAAAAUGCGGAAAACUAAAAAGGAAAAACAAAAAUGAUAAGGAAAGGGAUUUGGAUUCACUCGCAGUCGAGGCGCGAACACUUGUGGAAGGCAUCGUAGUUGAAUGUGGACAAUCUCUUGCGACGCUGCUCAUUUCGUAUCUUCUUCUUGGCGGCGCACAUCAGACGCUCCUUUAUGUAGUUGUCCAUCUUAAAGUCCAUAUCAGCGGAUUGCGAUUGCGUUGAAGGAGCUGCUGCUGAAGUCGUUCCUGCUGCUGAUUUGGUGAGAUCAUUGGCAGACUCGGUUGUGGCGGCCGUGUCCAGCGCCUUAAUGAUCAGACUGAGCAGCGCAUGGGCCAAGCGAUGGCACACAUCGUACUCGAUGGCAUCCUGACUGGUAUAGUAAAUGGCCGAUUGCGAUGUGGGCUGCACCCCAAUAGCCAACAGUAUGUUGCAGAAGAUGCCGCGUUGCAUGCGUGCAUAUGGAUCGACCAGUUGUGGCGGUAUUCGCAUUGUUGUUGCCAAAUGGGCGAUGAACUUGGCAAAUUUCUUGAUCAGCACAUUAAGAUACUGGGUGCGACACUGACGCUCCAUCUUGGUGAGCAUGUUGUAGUAGAGCUCUUGCUUGCGCUUUAGAAAAUCUUCCUUUCGGCGCUCCUUUCGUUUUGUGCUCUUGAGCACAUCCUCGAGUUGCCUAAAAUGGAAUAGUCCCAAUUACUAAUUGCAUUUGAUUUGGAGCGAGCAAAUAGAAAAUAGGUUUAAAUUGAUCAAGCACCUAAGUACUUUUUUUUCAAGAACACCAUUCUAACUGUUUAAUAUCGUGAAUCACAAGAACGUACAUUUAAUUUGGUUAAACUAAGACAGAGAUGGAUUUGCUUAUCGAAGACACGAACCAAUUCUAAACACUUACUCAGUGGUGAUGGCAUUAUAUUUGCCCAACAUGCGCUUAAUGCGCUUUGCACGUAGCUUGGGAUCAUAAUAGUCCUUGAACUGUUCGUAAUUGGCCUCCAAGGUGAGACGCUUGGGCUGCGACAGUGCCACAUCAUAGGCACGUGCCUUAGGCGGCAGGGCCGGCUGGUAGGCCAUGCGUCGCACAUAUGACUGCAACUUGGAGACAUUUUCUUCCUGCCGCUUCUUGCGAUUCUCCGGGCUGCAGUAGUCGGGAUCCUCUUCCUCCUCCUCUUCGGUCGACGAUGUGGGCAGCGCCUCAUCCCAAUCGGACACAUUUGAGCUGGCCAUUGCAAUUUCAACGCGCCUUACGUUUCAACCACUUGAAAUUUUAUAUACAACCGGAAAAACAACUUAUA